AUGGAUCAAGAACCACUUUUAGGACAAGCCCUUCACACCAAAGACAUGCAGAGUGCUGCAGAUGAAGCAGAUGAAACACUCUCUUUGUGUGAUCUCCCAUUGUAUAGUGAUCAGAGUGUCGAGGAGUGGGAAGGGGAUUUUUCUAGUGAAUCUCAAGGGUCGAGUUCCAUUUCGUCCUCGGAAGACGAUUAUUUUGAGUUUAUUAGCCAAGAAUUGAGUCCUUCCUCCACCGGUUACCCACCGGAGCACAUAGUCUUCUGUGGGAAGCUCAUACCUUACCAACAACCAGUGGAUAGCUCUGUCGGAGACUCUUCAAAGUCGGUUGAGAGCAAAAAGCAAACGGACAUCAAGAAAAAGCGUGGUUGGAGCAUAUUUAGAUGGAAAUUCAGUUUGAGCAGGAGUUCCAAGAGGCAAGUUCAGUCUAAGAGUGGUAAGAAAAGUACAAUCCUCAUGCAGAAGAGAGACAAUCGUGGUUCUGCCUCGUUGAAAGAAUCGCCUAAGCAAAUGUACAACUGUAAGAAGCACGGAAAAGGGUGUGAUUUUCCGGUUCAUAAAAUGCCCAUAUUGGCAUCCUCAUCAUCAGGGAAAGCUAAAUGGUACUUGUUCUUGUUUGGGAUUUCAAGAUUUUCAACUGAAGUGGAACUGAGGGAUAUCAAGAGCAGACUGAGCCGCCGGCAAAGCCCACCACCACAGCAGCCGCCAGCAUUAAGUUUUCAAGACCACAAUGAGACGGUUAGUGGAGGGAGAAACAGCAGCUCAGGACUGUGGGGCUUGAUCAAGGUACUGAGUUGUGGCAGAAACCACCACCCAAACACCAUGGUCAUGUCGUCGAUUGGCUGCAACCGACUAGAGUGA